CUCAUGGACAGAGAGGAGGCAGCCCUCACCUCCGACCACCGUGCCACUGACUGUGUGUGUGUGUGUGUGCGUGCGUGCGUGUGUGUGUGUUAAUGUUUAUAUGAGUGUGUAUGCGUGCACCGUGUCUUUAAGUGCAUAAGUCGCCUCCUUCCAGCUGAAGUGAAGGACUCGGUGCAGCGGAGCGUCCGGAGGAGUCGCAUAUCGUCAUCAGAAUAUCUGAGGUCUGAUGCUUCCAUCUGUUGUCAUGGAAACCGAGGCCAGUCACAUGCUGGAGGCAGCUCUGGAGCAGAUGGACGACAUCAUCGCAGGUUCCAAAGCAGCAGCGGUGGAGUUUUCAAACAGCCUGUAUGACCUGGGUUCUCCCAUCAGUGCGGGUCCGCUGCAGGUCAUCCAGCUCGCCGAGGACCUGAAACUGGCCUUGGAGCUCCAACCCAGCCGGGAGGAGAGAGACAGCCUCAGAGCUCAGUUACCUGCCGAAACAGCUCAGGCGCUCAUAGACUGGCUGCAGAGUGGAACUGUGAACUUGUGUUCCCCCGUCAACAAUGAAUCCUACCAGGAGCGACUGGUCCGCCUAGAGGGGGACAAAGAGUCUCUGGUGCUGCAGGUGAGUGUUCUGACGGACCAGGUGGAGGCCCAGGGAGAGAAGAUCCGAGAUCUAGAAAGUUCUCUGGAGGAGCACCAUCAGAAGCUGGUCUCCACCGAGGAGAUGCUGCAGCAGGAGCUGCUGAGCAGAACGUCUCUGGAGACUCAGAAGUUGGAUCUGAUGGACGAGGUGUCGUACCUCAAGCUGAAGCUGGUCGGCAUGGAAGAGACACACACCAGCACACCGCCCCAGGACGCCGCAGACAGCAAGCAGAACAAGGCUGAGUGUGUGGUAAAUCUCAUCAGCGAGCUGCAGGAGCAGAUGUGCAGGUUUCAGGAGGAGAUCAGCACUCGCAUCCAGGAGAAACGGGCUCUGGAGGAGAGGGAGGGCCAGCAGGGGGAGCCUGGAGGUGGCCAAGCCCGGGGCCAGAGCCCCAAGGUUGGGUCAGCCGGCUCAAACCUGAGCCUGUCUGGCUGCGACCUGGGGGAACCCCGGAUGCGCAAUGGAGGACAGACAGUACAUGAUUUACUGCAGGAAGUGAAGCAGCUCAAGAGCAAAGUGGAAGAACUGGAGGCAGAGAAGAGCCAAUAUGAGAGGAAACUCAGAGCCACUAAGGCAGAGAUCUCUGAGCUGCAGCAGCUCCUGGCCUCCAAAGACGCCGAGAUCGAGUGUCUGCAGAAUCAACUGCUGGCCAGAGGCGGCACAGCCAAUGACAACGCAGAGAGAGACCAAGAGUUCCAAAGGUUAAAGGCAGGAAUGGAGUCCCUGUUAGCUUCGAAUGAUGAGAAGGAUCGCCAUAUAGAGGAGCUGACCAUUCUGCUCAGCCAGUACAGAAAGAUGAAGGAGGUCAUGGCACUCACACAAGCGAGCAGUGAAGAGGAGCUGAGUGGCAGUUUAAAGCUAAGAGCCAUCACAAACAAAGCACACUCCGAUAUCCUCAGGUCAGAGAUGUCAUCAAGAGGGUCUUCACCGCUGCUGAUGUCCUCAUCCCCCUUUCAGAGAGACCUGGACUCCAGUAUGCAGAACUCUGUGGAGACGUCGCUGGUUUCCGCCGGCGAUGCAAGCUUCCUGAACGGAGCGUGGAAUCGGCACCGGUUACUGUCCAGCAGUCUUGAGGAGCUGCAGAGUGGAUCCUUACAAAAGGCUGUAGAGGUCCAGCCAGUUGAGACUGAAUCAGACGUAGGGGCAGAGAAUCGCCUCAUGGAGCUCAACAAGUACCAGACUCUGCCGGGGAAGCUGAGUCGAGGAGGGGAGCUCAGGGCCGAGCUGAACGGCGACAGAGACAAAGACGGAGAGUAUUUAUCUCCCGUGCAGCUCUCCCCCGUCCACAGCCACGAGCAGGACUACAGCCUCAGACGUCCGGAGAAGCUGGAGGAGUCCGUCCUGUCAGACCAGUCCCCUCUGUCGUCUGGAGUGAACUCUGGACACCAGUCGCCGGUCUCACCAGAGAACAGGAAGAGUCACAGGGGCAUUAAGAAGCUCUGGGGGAAGAUCCGUCGUAGCCAGUCAGGUAGCCCUGUCCAGGUCGAUGACCCAGAACUGGGGGAGUUCAGGAGGGGAGGAUUCAGAGCCACAGCUGGACCACGACUGGCCCGCACAGGCAACACACGGGACCCGAAGACACCGUUUUCCAAGUGGACGACAGAGCAGGUGUGUGAUUGGCUGGAGGAGCUUGGGCUCGGUCAAUAUGGGAUCCUCGCUCGGCACUGGGUCACCAGUGGUCAGACGCUACUGUCGGCCACGCCGCAAGACCUAGAGAAGGAGCUGGGAGUGAGGAACCCCCUCCACAGGAAGAAGCUCCAGUUAGCCAUCAAGACGUGUAACACCAAGCAGCCUGAGAAGUCCGCAGAGCUGGACCACGUCUGGGUCACACGUUGGCUGGAUGACAUCGGCCUUCCUCAGUACAAAGACCAGUUUAAUGAGGGACGGGUGGACGGACAGAUGCUGCAGUACCUCACUGUGAAUGACUUGUUAUUCCUUAGAGUGACCAGCCAGCUGCACCACCUCAGCAUCAAGUGCGCCAUUCACGUUCUUCAUGUCAACAAGUUCAACCCAAACUGCCUCAAACGCAGGCCCAGCAAUGAGAUGCAGACCACUCCCAAUGACGUGGUCCAGUGGUCCAACCAUCGUGUCAUGGAAUGGCUUCGAUCUGUGGACCUGGCAGAGUACGCGCCUAACCUGAGGGGCAGCGGCGUGCACGGGGGGCUAAUAAUUCUGGAGCCUCGGUUCAACUCGGACACGCUGGCCAUGCUGCUGAACAUCCCGCCUCAGAAGACGCUGCUGCGGCGCCACCUAGCCACCAACUUCAGCAGCCUGGUGGGAGUGCAGGCCCAGCAGGAGAAGAGGGAAUACACUGAGGCGGCCAGCUAUACCCCUCUCAGUACCACCGCUAAAGUCAGGCCAAAGAAGUUGGGCUUCUCCAACUUAACCCACCUCAGGAGGAAACGGCCCGACGACUCCACAGACUACAUCUGUCCCAUGGAGGCGUCCCAGCUUCAGUCCCCCUCUGGCCAGUCCGUCAUGAACGGGGUGCAGGUGCGCCCGUACGCCGGCUUCAGAGGCCUGAGCCCCAUCCUGGACCGAGAGCCCGAUCGCUCCAGGGACCAGGUGGGGCUUGACGACAGCUGAUCUCACCCAUCUCCCAUGGCAAAACCAUGACAGCAACUGUGACAACAACAUGGCGAUACCGUGGCAACACCAUGGCAACUGUGUUGUCACGUUCUCCAUCAGCUGAUCGGCUAUCACUGCUACUGCUCCGCUUCCUUUGCUUGCAGCCCGUAAUACCUCAGUCCAUCCCCACCAUGCUCCGUUAAAAACCCCACCCACCAACCCGACCCUGUGCCUUAUUUUUAAAGAUAGUUCAGGAGCGCAUAGAUGAACCGCCGGGCGAUUUUAAACAAGUAGCUGCUCGACAUGAAGGGUUCAGUGGGCUCAGCUUGAGUCUAGCCCACCUCAAGUGUUUGAAAACAUCAGAGAAAGGUAUUUUAUUUCACAGUUACAUGCCUAACCAACCCAACCUCAGUCCCACAAGCCCUUAACCCCUCAAUCCUGUGCCAUUAACUCCAAAUGAGAGAACAGGUCUCUCUGGACCAGACUGUACAGACCCGCUUCCUGUGACAUCACUUCCUUUAUUAUACAUGUGGAUAUCCCUUGCUGUAUUCAAUAUGUUUAUUAAGCCAUUGUUAUAA